ACUAUGACAUUCUUCAGUGUGUGACUAGCCAAGACCUUGAGAUAACACUAUUUCAGAAUUUCUCAGAGUAAUGCAAUAAAACAUUCUCACACAUACUCAUACACUUUAGAGUCCUCAGAUGAUUGCAUACUUUGAACUUUGGACACAUGAAUCUUGAGACAACCUAUUUUACCACUUUGUCCCUCACACCAACACUUGUGUGAGUGCAGCUUUUUGUCUGAUCUUCAGAACUGUAUUUGAGGUACCAAAGGAAACAUCAACUUUGAGAAAAGAAUCAUCAGAAACCAGAAUCAUGUGGUUGUCUGUGGCUGUGAUUUUGGCUCUUUUCAGUGGUACGUUGUCUCUGGAGAAACUAUACAUGUGUAUGGAUGCCAAACACCACAAAACUAAACCUGGGCCCGAGGGACAGCUGUACCUUCAGUGCGCACCAUGGCGUGAUAAUGCAUGUUGCACUGCUAACACCAGUGCUGAGGCUCACGACGACAACUCCUACCUGUACAACUUUAACUGGAAUCACUGUGGCGCUAUGAGUCCGCAGUGCAAAAAACAUUUCAUCCAAGACACUUGCUUCUAUGAGUGCUCUCCUCACUUGGGGCCAUGGAUAGAGGAAGCAAACCAGAGUUGGCGUAAGGAGCGGAUUGUGAAUGUGCCCCUGUGUUUAGAGGACUGUCAUACUUGGUGGGAAGAUUGCAAGAAUGAUAUGACUUGCAAGACUAAUUGGCACAAGGGUUGGGACUGGACCACAGGCAUCAAUAAAUGUCCAACAGACUCACAGUGCAGGAAGUGGGUGGAUGUCUUCCCAACUCCUAAGGCGAUGUGUGAACAGAUCUGGUCCAAUUCCUACCUUUACACCACUCUCCCCAAAACAUCAGGCCGCUGCAUGCAGAUGUGGUUCACUGGGGAGAAUCCAAACAAAAAAGUGGCUGAGUACUACCUCCUUAACAGUGUGGACCAACAGUGCAGCGUUUCCUUCACAGCUCUUCUCAUGCUGUGUGUGACAUCUCUUUUUUUAGUUGUGUAAUGACACCCUUGCUGUGACAAACCUGACAUAUAUUUAAUACUUAUACUGUAAAGUCCUGUUUUCCUAUAAUAACCAAUGUUGUAUGUCUUUUUUUAAAUCAAAGUAAAAAGGUAAAAGAUUAAAUAAAAAUAUUUCUAUAAUUGUACUGGCA